UGAGAAAAUAUUUAUUUAAAACAAAGGAAUUACGUCAUAUCCGCCCUUCAAAAGCGUCGACUUUGACCUGUUAAAUCACAAUGGGCGCUACUGCAUUAGAAUAAAAACCAAAUUUAAAUUAUUUUGGUUGGUUUUAAAGAGAAGUAAAGAAUAUGAGCGAAAUAAUAUCUAUUCACGUUGGGGAAGCAGGGCUACGGGUUGGACAACGUUGUUGGGAACUAUAUUAUGCAGAACAUGGUAUCUUGAAAGAUGGUAUCACAGAUGGGGCUACUUUACAAAGCAACAGUCCUAAUGCUUUCUUUAAUAAAUCCGAAAGCGGGGCUUAUGCUCCAAGAGCGCUUUUUGUUGAUAUGGAGCCGACAGUUAUUGAUGAUAUUUGUGUUGGUGAUUACAAAAAUGAGUUCCAACAAGUCGUUGGAAAGGAGGAUAGUGGAAGUAACUACGCACGUGGAAGCAUUUCAGUUGGGGGGAAUUACUGUGAUUUGAUAACGAAUAAGAUAGCAAAGAUUGCAGAGGCAUGCGACAACCUGCAGGGUUUUAUAAUUUACCAUUCUGUGGGCGGGGGAACAGGGUCGGGUACUACGUCAUUGGUUAUGAGAAAACUUUCAGAAUUAUACCCGAAGAAAACAAGAAUGGAGGUCUCUGUUUAUCCGUCGCCUAAGAUUUCUACGUCUGUGGUGGAGCCCUACAACGCUGUAUUGGCAACACGGGACAGCAUGUUAUACGCAGAUGCUUCGUUCGUUCUGGAUAACGAGGCCGUUUAUGAAAUGUGUAAAAACAAACUUGGCAUCGAAGAGCCAACUUACAAGAAUAUAAACAACGUUAUGGCUCAGGUCGUAUCCACAGUGACGUCAAGUUUAAGGUUUGAAAGCUCUAUCAAUGUUAGUCUCAGCCAAAUGCAAACUAAUCUGAUCCCGUAUCCGAAAAUGCAUUUUAUUACUUCAUCGCUUGCACCAAUGACGUCAUCAGCGAACGACAUCGAAUCGAUGACGCUUAAUGACGUCACAAAUGCUUGCUUCGAUCGCCAGUUGGCGUCAGCGAACUGUGACGUCAAGAACGGUAAAUUUAUGUCUUGUAACGUGAUGUACAAAGGUGACGUCACGACUGGUGACGUCAGUUCGACAAUAGCGGAGCUAAGAAAAGACCAAACGCUGAAGUUGGAUGAAUUUGGUCCUGAUCGCCUAAAGACUGGAAUCUGUCACGGAGCAACAAAAGUGUUGCCAGAUUCAGGAUUCGCUGAUUAUAAAAGGAGCGUUUGUAUGAUGGCAAAUAAUACUGGCAUCACU